UACGUGGACCGAGGGAAGCAGUCGCUGGAGACCAUCUGCCUGCUGCUGGCCUACAAGAUCAAGUACCCCGAGAACUUCUUCCUGCUCCGCGGGAACCACGAGUGCGCCUCCAUCAACCGCAUCUACGGCUUCUACGACGAGUGCAAGCGCAGGUUCAACAUCAAGCUGUGGAAGACGUUCACCGACUGCUUCAACUGUCUGCCGAUCGCCGCAAUCGUGGACGAGAAGAUCUUCUGCUGCCACGGAGGGCUUUCUCCAGAUCUCCAGUCGAUGGAGCAGAUCAGACGCAUCAUGAGACCCACGGACGUACCUGACACAGGUGACACACACACA